UGUUUCCGGUUUGACUUGACAAAAUAACAAAAUGGCGUGUCAGCUUGUUCACAAAGUGUAGUAUAUUGAAUAGAUUUUUGUCUUACAAACUUUUGAAAUAAUUAGUGCGUGUUGUGUUUUUUUAUUUAGUUUAUACUCUUAUGCAUAAAUUUCUAUUAUUUCAACUUUUAAACCAUAAGUGUGUUCUUUUUGAUACCGAACAGUGAUUGGUGAAAUUGUAUAAUUUUUACAAUACCAUGAGUAAUUACGAAGAUGAUCAAAGUGAAGAUGGUGAAUUAGCUCGUAGUCCUGUUCAAGACGAAAUGGAUUUCAGCUUAUCCGAUGAAGAUCGAGACAACGCGGAUUCACUAGUUAUCAAACCACCGCAAGCUGUAAUUCGUUCUCAUCGUGACAAAAGAGGUCACAAGCGAGCUGUGAAAGAAAGAUAUAAGGAAACUACUCGAAAGGAAAAGAAACACCUUUACAGGGAACGUGAUAAGUCGGAUAAAUCGAAACGUGAGAUUAGUAAAAAUUUAGAACGUGAGGAAAUGUCAAAAGAUUAUUAUAGAGACAAACAAUACUACCGAGAAAAAGAAGCGUAUAGGGAAAAGGAUGUCCGGGAGAAAGAAAUGUAUAGAGAGAGGGAAGUUAGGGAUAAGGAUGUAUAUAGAGAAAAAGAUGUUUACAGAGAGAAGGAUCCUUAUAGGGAAAGAGAACACUACAGGGAACGAGAAAUGUACAGAGAUAAUACUGCCUAUAGAGAAAGCGGAAGACCUAAAGAAAUUUAUAGAGAAAAGGAAGUUUACAAAGAAAAAGAUGUUCAAAGAGAACGUGAAAUGUAUGUAAGUCGUGAUCGGCAGUAUAAAUAUUCUGAACCUGAGAGAAAACGCAUAGAAAAUGAUAGAAUAGAAACUAGAUUAAGAUUAUUGGCUGAAGAGGGUAGACCUAAUCAGACUAAUGAAAAAGAAAAUAGGGAUAAAACUUCUGGUGAUAAGGAACUAGAAGAUCUAAGAAGUAGGUUACUAAGUAAAAGGAUAUCUAAAGAGUUGCAAAGUCAGGAAUCAAAAAAACCUACUGAUUAUGAAAAUAAGGACACUAAGAAAUCUGCACAAAAUGAAAGGGAAAGAAAUUCAGAACGGCAUUCAACACUUGACAAACAUCAACAAGAACGAAGGAAGAGACUAUUAGAAGCAGAACGAGAAAUGGUCAAAAGGAAACAUGAAUCCCGAGUAGAGCUUGAAGCUAGGCGAGAGGAGCGUCGGCGUCGUGGCAGGAAGCGAUCUGUUUCUCCUCAGGAGGUGUCUACGAAAAAGAAUAAAACACAGCACUCACCUAACUAUGGUGAAUCAGUUGUCACUGUGUCUGAUGCGAGUGAUGUAGAAAUGAAGAGCGACUCUCCACACUCAGAACCUGAGGAAGGUGAACAUUCCAACACUGAGUCAGAGGAAGAGAGUACAGAGUCAGAGUCCGAAUCGGAUAGGGAUUCUAAGUCAGAAGAUGAGAACAGGGAAGAGAUACUAGAGAAGGAAGAAGAAAAAGAGAUUGUCCCUGAAAAGGUUAAGUCCAGGUCAAACUCAAAAUCACCAGCUUCACCUAAAUCAGAUCAUGGCAGCCCGUCAUCUCAUGAAUCAGAGAGGUCGCAUUCAAGAUCCAAAAGUAGAAGUCGUUCACAUUCGUUUUCACCACCACCACCUGGUGAAAAUGGCAAAGUUAGUACAGAAGAAGAAAAGCCUCAGCAAGAUGAUGAGGAAAUCAGGUUGAGAGAAGAGGCUAUCAAUGCUUUACCACCAUACUUUCCAGCUCUACAGGGAUGUCGAUCUGUUGAGGAGUUUCAAUGUCUCAACAGAAUAGAGGAAGGCACAUACGGAGUUGUUUACAGAGCUCGUGACAAAACAACAGAAGAGAUUGUUGCUCUGAAAAGACUUAAAAUGGAAAAGGAAAAGGAAGGAUUUCCCAUUACCUCGCUGAGGGAGAUCAAUACAUUGCUUAAGGGACAACAUCCGAACAUAGUAACGGUGCGAGAGAUCGUUGUCGGAUCCAACAUGGACAAGAUAUUCAUUGUCAUGGAUUACGUCGAGCACGACCUCAAGAGUCUUAUGGAAACUAUGAGAGGAAAGAAACAAGUAUUUCUACCAGGCGAGGUAAAAUGUUUGAUGACACAAUUGCUGAAAGCUGUGCAUCAUUUGCACGACAACUGGAUAUUACACAGAGAUCUCAAGACGAGUAAUCUAUUGCUAUCCCACAAAGGAAUUUUAAAGGUGGGAGAUUUCGGUUUAGCUAGGGAGUACGGAUCUCCGCUCCGUCAGUACACCCCGAUAGUGGUGACGUUGUGGUACCGCGCCCCGGAACUGCUGCUGUGCUGCAAGGAAUACUCAACGCCCAUUGAUAUGUGGAGCGUUGGCUGCAUUUUCGCUGAGUUCAUCACUAUGAACCCACUCUUUCCCGGAAAGUCUGAAGUUGAUCAGCUGAAUAGAAUUUUCAAGGACUUGGGUACUCCAUCAGAGCUUCUAUGGCCCGGCUACAAGGAGUUGCCAGCCGUACAAAAGAUGACGUUUGCCGAACACCCCACCGGCGGAAUGCGACAGCGCAUCGGUUCCGACCUGCUGUCUGAAGCAGGCCACUCGCUGUUGCAAGGAUUCCUCACCUACAACCCUGCCAGGCGGUUGACAGCUGAAGUUGCUCUAGAACAUCCAUAUUUCAAGGAGCAACCGGUGGCCAUCGAGCCCGCGAUGUUCCCGACGUGGCCCGCCAAGUCGGAGGGCGGGCGCCGCACCACGCACAGCCCCAAGCCGCCGGCGGGCGGCGCAGCCUAUGCUCAGUACGCGCGCGGAGACUCUGACGAGGCGCUCGGCUUCCACGUGCAGAGCCGCUCGCUCAACGUGGCUCCGGGAUUCUCGCUUAAGUUUUAGCCCACCCUAAAUACCGACGCUUAUAGUACUAGCUACGAAUAGUGUAUAGUGCGCGCAAAAUAUAGUUCAGUCUAAAGUUGCAACAUAGCGGAUUGGGCAUGUCAUAGAUACGAGCCCGUUUGAGAUCUGUUUUUGCUCAAUGUGCCGUCAUACGCCUCGUAUUCAGAUUGGACUAAUUGUUUUACGUGCACUGUACUGUAUGACAACAAUAAACAACUAUUUAAAAAUUCAAGAAAUGUGUUGAAUAUCUAUCGAAAUGCGAGUUUUUACAGUCAUUUGCGAGGUAAAUCAUCAAGCUUUUAUGACUUAUAACCGUCGUCUCGCUUUUACUGUCAAGAUUGUACCAAUUGUUUCAAUUUUUAGCACUUGUAAAUAUUUCGAAUUGCUAAACAGUGGAAUAUGAUAGAAGUGAUCAACCUCGAUUCAAGUAGAAAUGUAACGCCUCUUGAAAACUAAUAUACCUUCCUACAUAUUAUAAAAAAUAUUUUUUUAAUAUUAGAAUUUUAAAUAAUGUAAAUAAUAUUAUCGUUGAAUGACUUUCUCUAGCAAUGAAGUAAAAGAGCAAAUCAAAAUGUAAAUUAUUCUGACUUAUGUGAUUGCCAAGAACACGGUUAUUUUUAUAAUACAUAUUGGGUAUAUUUCAUUGAAAUGUUCAAAACAUCACGUUUUUGCCUUUGUUCAUGUACCUAUAAAAAUACAUAUAAACUUAGGUCUGUUAGUAAUAUUUUUACCUGAUUUUACACUAAUUACUACUUGCAGCAAAAGUAGCUUUCAGAUAUUGGUCUGUUGUAAGUAGCGUAUUUCUCGUCGUAGUAGUUCGUCUAACGCCGAGAUGUAAAAAAUAUGUAUUGUAAACAAUUAAUUUUUGCAAUCCCAUAAAAUGUACCUAUACAUUUUGUAUGUAAAAUUAGUAGGAUGUGAGAAGUGGCACUUAAUUAUCACUUAUUUAUGAUAUUAAGGCCAUAUUAUAUUAUAAAUAUGUAAACAUUAAAUCAUCAAUAAUAAUUAAAAUCAUAUUACAUUCGAUGUUAACACAUCAAACUUAACAUGAUUUUAUUAUAUACUUUGACAAUAAGGCAACAAGCAAAUUGUUUCCUCGUCAACUAUAUUCUUCGUUUCUUGUUUCGAGUUUUCCUUUACAUUGAGAUUUAAAAAAAAUAUAGCAUCUUUUCUUAAAAUAGACAUUGUUUAUCUUAUUAAUUGGCUAUAGAACUUUAAAAAUAGAAAAGUAUAAUAUAAAAAAAAAUCAUCUAUAGUAUAGUACAUUUUAUUUUGAAAGUAUGUAUAUUGUAUACUAAAUGUGGCUGAUCAGCUAAGGUUAUUUAUCUUAAAUAAAAUAAUGUACUUAUAAGUUAGGAAUUAUAAAAUAAUAUAAUAUAUCCUUAAUAAGUACUAAAAAAAUUUAAAUAUAAAAUAACAAUAUACAUUGCAGACUGAAAACAGAUAAAUUUUUCAUUUUCUAUCUAUGAUAAAAUCGCAAAUAAAUUGGUAUUCAAUGGUAAGUUUAUUUGGAAUACUUUACUACCUGAACAUUUUGAAAAAUUGUGUGUAACAUUUUCAAUAAUUACUAAACUAUUUUGUAAUUAGUUACUAUAGUAAAAUUGUAAAUAUAUCUUUAAUGCGAUAGUAUAUACUUCAAAAGGGUAAAUUUAGUUAUAAAUAAUAUGGUACAAUAUAUGUUUUGAAAAAG